AUGAAAUAACCAGAGUAUAGAUGCACAGAAAAAUUGUGGAAGCCGAUUGUUCGACCUCCAAGACAUAAUUAUCGAUUAAAAGAUAUGGGAAAUGAAAUAUUCAUGGUUCAUGACACAGUAAUUAAACGAAUAGACUUUGAAAUAGCAAACAGCCGUGGAUUAACACUUCAGUGCAGGUAACCUAAUAAAAAAUCGUUAGUUUAUUUGAACCCGUUAGAAUUCAAGACAAGCCUCAUGCGUGUAUGAUUUAUUUACAUGGGAACUCAAGUAGCAGAGUAGAAUCUCUAACAAUACUUGAAUAUUUACUUCCUUAGAACAUUGCUGUAUGUGGAAUUGAUUUGUCUGGUAAUCAAUUGAUAAGACAUAGGUUCUGGUCAAUCAUAAGGAGAAUAUAUUUCAUUAGGAUUCUAUGAAUCAAGAGAUGUAAACGAUCUCUACAAUUACUUACGUUCGAAUAAAGUAAGAUAACUUCAUUAUUUAAAGUUGGUUAGCCUUUUAUCACUUAAAUCGGUUUGUGGGGUAGAUCUAUGGGUUCAGUAACAGCAAUAUUAGCAGCCAGUUUGAAUUCUAACUUUAAAAUGCUUGUUUGUGAUAGUCCUUUUUCUAAUUUAACUAAUUUGUGCUAAGAAUUGGCAUCCAACAAUUAUAACAUUCCUGGAUGUUGCUUUAAUUGUUUUUGGUGUUUUGUAAAAUCUAAAAUACGAAAGGAAGCUAAAUUUAAUAUUGAUGAUCUUAAUAUAGUUCAAAUAAUACAAAGUUAAAAUAGAAUAAUAUAUCUAGCAUUACAAACUGAUGUUGCUAUAAUAUUUCUAUCAGCUAAAGGUGAUACAUUGAUUGGAGAAAAGCACCCUAAAAUUUUAUCAGAAAAGUUUAGAGGAAAAAAGGAAUUAAUUUAAUUUGAGGGGACCCAUAAUUCUAAGAGACCUAUAGAUGUGAUGAAAGGAACAGUGUAAUUCAUAAUAGCAUAGAUGGAAAAAUAUGAAUAACAUAGUAGUCUAAGAGACACUAAAGUUUCAUUAAAUUGUAAGGAUUAGAUUCCAAUCCCAGAUAUUGGAGCACCAUUACUUCAUUCAGAAAAACCAUAUAUAUCCAAGACAGAAAAAUGA